AACUCGUCUUGGGAGUGCUGAGCGCCAAUAUAUAUAUAACUGUUUUGGUAUAUCCUCUUUUCCGUUCGCCACCAUGGUUUCUGGAACUCCCUUCGUCAGUCAGUUCCAAAUGAGCCUUCGACCUCCGCUCAUAUACGCAAGGGUGAGACUAUUUGCAUGCCCCUUGUGCAGUAUGGUCUUUCUGCUGCGGUGGGGAAGGCUGGUGCGGCUAUUGGUACGGAGGCGUUCACGCCGAUUCAGGAUAAUCUGGGAAAGAAAUGGACGUUUAUCAUCGCUGCGAUUUGUGGGGUGGUGGGAGUGCUGGUGACGUGGUUCUUCGUGCCGGAUAUCUCGGGUGAGGAUCUCAAGUAUCGCGAUGAGCAGUUCAGAGCGUAUUUGGUCGCGCAUGGUUGGGAUGGGGAGAUGGGUGAGGAUGAUUUGAAGGCGAUUGCAGAUCAGGGGAUUCCUCCAGCUGUGACGGAGGGGGGUGGGAGGAUUCCUGCCAAUGCCAACGAGAAGGCAUGAUGAUAUGAUUUGAUAAUGAUACGUUUAGUUCGAUUGUGGAUAGAGAUUUGUUAUGAAUCCUUUCCCUGAAGUGCAAGACCGUUUGAAUCACUUACGAAGACGUGAUGGUCUGAGCUACGGGGUAAGGGUUGGGCGAUAUCCGUGGUGACCAUAGGCGAGGAUACUCUCCCUGUACGUACGCCCCACCACUCGAGGCUCAUAUGUUACUCCAAGACUUUGAAAGAAGA